CCUGCUCGCAUAGUUCAGUACCGUUACAUGUGCAUGCAUAUCAGUGGACCGUCACGAGCCAUCAUGUCCAGACUGAGCCUGGCCUGCGCUAUCGCCAUUCUCGCAGUGCUUUUUUCGGGAUCCUGCCUCGCCAGCCGCAAACUUCUAGUGUUCCUCAUCGAUGGUUUUCGAUAUGAUUACAUGGACGAUCUGCAAAACUUGCCUGGGUUUAAAGAGAUUAUGGAUAAUGGGGUCAAAGUGGAUUACAUGACCCCCGACUUCCCCAGCCUUUCAUACCCCAAUUACUACUCACUAAUGACAGGUAGCCUUCCACAAGCUUCCCACAAUAAGCUGGGUGAAUUUUGGCCCAUUUCUCCUGACAGAGCUGGUGUAACUGAGUCAGGCCGGUACUGUGAAGUGCACCAAAUUACAGGGAAUUACAUGUGGGAUCAGGGCUCUCUCAAGGAAUUCCUAAUCGGCAUCAACCCAGACAGUCGGCUGCCAAUGUGGUGGGACGGGUCUGAGCCCAUCUGGGUAACCAUGCAGAAACUCGGAAAGAAAGUCUUCAUGUACUAUUGGCCCGGUUGUGAGGUGGAGAUUCUGGGUGUGAGACCUUCGUUCUGUGAGGAAUAUGUCUACAAUCCCACAGAGAGAAAUCUGACAGAUUCUAUUGAAAGAGCUCUCGAUGGUUUACGUAGUGGCAGAGCAGACAUGGCUGCUGUGUACUAUGAGAAGAUUGACGUAGAGGGGCAUCACUAUGGCCCCAUGUCUUCUCAGGUGAAGACUGCUGUUCAGAGGCUGGACAUCGCCUUCCAGGUGCUAAACCAAAAAAUUAAGGAGAAGGACCUGCGUGACGAGCUGAACAUCAUCAUGUUCUCCGACCAUGGGAUGACAGAGAUCAAGUGGAUGGAGAAAGUCAUUGAGCUUGUGACGUACAUAAACAUGUCUGACGUUGUCAAGAUGAUGGACCGGGGGCCUGUCGUCAGUCUGUGGCCAAAACAAGCUAAAUAUGAGGAGGUCUACAGAGCACUGAGCAGUGUACGGAACAUGAAUGUCUACAGGAGGAAUCAGGUCCCUGAUCGCUUCCAUUACAAGGGGGGGAAGUUUGUCUCCAGUCUGACCCUGGUGGCUGACCCUGGCUGGUUCAUAACAGAGAGCAAGUCCAAACUGCCUUUCUGGCAGAACAGCAGUUCACCAGAGCCGCAGGGAUGGCAGCAUGGUUGGCACGGCUACGACAAUGAGUUUGUGGACAUGCGGGGCUUCUUCUUAGCACAGGGACCAGAUUUCAAGAGGAAUGUGCGUGCGGCCCCUAUCAGAGCAGUGGAUGUGUACAACCUGAUGUGUAAGACUCUGGGGAUUCUGCCUCUGCCCAACAACGGUUCCUGGUCCCGGGUGGAAUACCUUCUCAGUGGCUCUGUGGGCCUGGCCUGGCCUAGUCCUCUCUGGGCUCUGGGUCUACUAGCCCUGGUGCUGUCUCUACAGGCUUAGAACCAGAGAGAUUCCCUCUUUCACUAGAGUGGGUGAUGUCAUAUACCCACAUAGCUCUAUAAUGCGCUGAUAAUGGCAGGCAGAGUCAUGGAUCCUAUUAAAUGAUUAUUUUGUGUUUUCAUUCCUAAUUCUAUGGGCAGAGCCAUGUAGUUGAGUCCUAGACAUUCUGUUACCUAACAGAAUGUUACAAUGCUCCCCAUGUAAUGUUAAUGGGGAGCUAACAUGGCUGCAAUAGAAUGUUGCGGUGCCAUGUAAAUGCAGAAAUCUCAAUGGCCCAACUCUAUAAAUACAUGGUUCUGAUGGCAGCAAUCUACCCUGUCAUGGCACCUGAGCCAACACAGGUUUCCAAACCAUUUCCUAUUCUAAACAUGACAGUGAAAAGUACAAAGCACAUUGAUCACACAGGUUUCCAAACCAUUUCCUAUUCUAAACAUGACAGUGAAAAGUACAAAGCACAUUGAUCACACAGGUUUCCAAACCAUUUCCUAUUCUAAACAUGACAGUGAAAAGUACAAAGCACAUUGAUCACACAGGUUUCCAAACCAUUUCCUAUUCUAAACAUGACAGUGAAAAGUACAAAGCACAUUGAUCACACAGGUUUCCAAACCAUUUCCUAUUCUAAACAUGACAGUGAAAAGUACAAAGCACAUUGAUCACACAGGUUUUAUAUCUAAAUAUGGGUUGACAGUGCCUUCAGUUUAUAUAACAUAACCAAAAACUCUCUUUGCAAACCAAAACAUUUUAUAAGUAAUCUGGACCAACCUUAAGUACACAAUCAUCUCUAUCGUGAUUUGCUGCUGUUAAAGGAGCUAACAUGAGUGCCGUAAAUUCCUUACAGCAUCAAUGUCCUCUUCAUCAUUGUAUCUGUGAAGGAGGGUUGGAUGAAAGAAUGAUGUCUUUUUUUAUAAUUGUUUGAAUAUGAGGUUUAGAAGAACUCUCUGCAUUGUUCUAUACUGUAAUGAAGUAAAUGUCGUUUUUUA